AUGGUGUUACGAGCCAUCGACUCGAUUCGGGAUAGUGUUAUAAACGCGUCAUCGGCAGUCAGCACAACCACUGUGCCACCGCUGGACAUUCCCAUGACCUCUAUGAAGCCGCCAUCAAUUAUUCCCACCGUCGAGCUGGUUCUAGGAACGAUUACGUACUUGGUCAUUAUCGCCAUGACAGUAGUUGGUAACACACUGGUCGUGGUCGCUGUCUUCAGUUAUCGACCUCUGAAAAAGGUGCAAAACUAUUUUCUCGUCUCUCUGGCUGCUUCCGAUUUGGCGGUCGCUAUAUUCGUCAUGCCUCUACAUGUAGUCACUUUUCUUGCGGGUGGUAAAUGGUUACUCGGUGUUACUGUAUGUCAGUUUUUCACAACCGCUGACAUUCUUCUCUGCACAUCAUCCAUUCUUAAUCUGUGUGCAAUUGCAAUAGAUCGAUAUUGGGCUAUCCACAAUCCAAUCAACUAUGCACAAAAACGUACAACCAAAUUCGUGUGCAUCGUCAUUGCUGUUGUUUGGGCAUUGUCCAUGUUAAUAUCAGUGCCACCGAUCAUCGGAUGGAACAACUGGGAAGAAAACAUGAUGGAGGAUAGUUGUGGGUUGUCUACAGAGAAAGCGUUUGUAUUAUUCUCGGCAGUCGGCUCGUUUUUCCUCCCACUCCUGGUCAUGGUUGUGGUGUAUGUCAAAAUUUUCAUCAGUGCACGUCAACGGAUCCGCACGAAUCGAGGACGAAGUGCAUUGAUGAGAAUCCAGAAUGCAGAAGGUGACGACGACUACAGGAAAAUGUCGAUUAAGAGGGCGUCCGUGGAAUCGGCUAGAACGUCGAGCAGGACAGAUGGAGGUAGUCUGCCGAAAGAUGAAACAACGAAACAUAUGAAGUAUCACAAUAAUGGUUCGUGCAAAGUGAAAGUCAAGGAGUCGAAGGAUGUUGAAGAAAAUCCUACCGCAGUACUUAGAAAACGUGAGAAGAUCAGUGUGGCCAAAGAAAAACGAGCUGCAAAAACAAUUGCGGUCAUCAUUUUUGUAUUCUCAUUUUGCUGGUUGCCAUUCUUCGUUGCAUAUGUCAUCAGGCCAUUUUGUGAAACUUGUAAAUUACAUGCUAAGGUGGAACAAGCAUUCACAUGGCUUGGUUAUAUCAAUUCUUCACUCAAUCCGUUUUUGUAUGGUAUUUUAAAUUUGGAGUUCCGAAGAGCAUUCAAAAAAAUUCUGUGCCCAAAAGCAGUGUUGGAGCAGAGGAGAAGGAGGAUGAGUGCCCAACCAUAA